AUGGAACCUAUAUAUAUUGAAAGCGAUAGUGAUAAUAUAAAUACUGAUAAUUAUGAACCUACUAUUAAUUAUGAAUCCAAUGAUGAUUAUGAAUUCAAUGAUGAUGAAUCUAUUUACAAAGAGUCAGAGAUAGAAAUUCCAGUUGCUGAUUUAACGGAACCAAAUUCAUAUUCACCUUUUGAUGAUUAUGAAGUUAUUGCUACUCAAUUGUCUAAAUUAGUUAACAAUAAUAAGAACUCUAACUAUGAUAACGAUUCAUCAAUUAAUUUAAUUACUGAAAAUUUAAGA